CUGCGAAUAAGCAUAUGGGAGGCCUUGCGCUAGGACGGUGAUCGUCUUAUAUCCUUCACUUUAUGAUAAAGGUGCAAGCUUCCGCAUGGAACACACUGCGAAAUCCAAUUUCUCAAUUCUUGAGACAGAGGGGAUAGCUGUUUAGUGACAUCAUCAUCACCUACGAAGUAUUUUCCCGGCAUUGCGGGGCAUGAAGGCACCGGACUCAGGCAAGCAGUAAUCCUUUGACGUGGUUCGAGGAGACCUCCAUGGCGAUAUAACUAGCCAUGAAAUCAGAAUGCCCUUAUGAAUCUGCCAAGGAGCAACCAUUUCUAACAGACUUGCACUGCCUCCUUGGCUAUCCUUGGUUGAUCCACAAGGUUUCGCGACAUCUUGCAGGACAGGCGGACAGGGUCGGGGAAUGCCCCAUAUUGAAAGUGACUGGGUUCCUAAUCGUUACUAAAGACGUAUUACAUGACUGCUGUCUGUCUUUGCUGACAAGUUGAAUAAGAUAAGAUGGUAAGGUCGAGAAUCCUUGGUGGGACAGACUUUGGAGGCGUGGAUCGUGGCAGAACCUACCAUCCGCUCACCGUCUCUUGGUCCAAUGGUUGUUGUCACUGCGAGUACCAUGACUUGGCCGAGAGAAUUGUCUUGAGACCCAGUCAAUUGUCGAGUCUGUUUGCGCCGUCGACCGCUGGUGGUAGGAUGACAGCGUGUGCAAUGAGACCGGCUGAAUCUAGGCCUCAGGAAGAGUGCCCGAGCUUGGUGCGAAGGCGGUGGCAGAACAGGUGGCCAGCCCAACCACGGUGAAGAGAGAAG